CACAGUGUCGCACACUUGCUCUCUGUUGGUCCGGGGCUGGCCACAUGGAGCCCGAGCUGGAGCACGCUCUGCGCAGGACCCCUUCCUGGAGCAGCCUUGGGGGUUCUGAGCAUCAAGAGAUGAGCUUCCUAGAGCAAGAAGCCAGCACCUCAUGGCCAUCACCAGCCGUGACCAGCAGCUCAGAAAGAACCUGUGGGAAACGGAGGGCCAAGGCCUCGAGAUGGACAAGGCAGGAGGCGGUGGAGGAAGGGGAGCCACCAGGUCUGGCGGAAGGUCCCCGGUCCAGGCCAGCUGCUGAGUCCACUGGGCUGGAGGCCACAUUCCCCAAGGCCAUACCCUUGGCUCAGGCUGAUCCUGCCGCGGUGGGCACUCCACCAGCAGGGUGGGACAGCCUCCCCCGUGACUGCACAGCCUCAGCUGCAGGCUCUAGCCCAGAUGAUGUGGCCUCGGAGUUUCCAGCCACAGAGGCCUGGGAGCAUGAGCCAGAAGACCUGGUGGAAGAGAGGCCUGCCCCGAGCCUGUCCCCGGAGGCCCCAUUUCCCAAGCUGGGCUGGGAUGACGAGCUGCAGAAACCCGGUGCCCAGGUCUACAUGCGCUUCAUGCAGGAGCACACCUGCUACGACGCCAUGGCAACCAGCUCCAAGCUGGUCAUCUUUGACACCACGCUGGAGAUCAAGAAGGCCUUCUUUGCCCUGGUGGCCAACGGUGUGCGGGCAGCCCCUCUGUGGGACAGCAAGAAGCAGAGCUUUGUGGGGAUGCUGACCAUCACUGACUUCAUCCUGGUGCUGCAUCGCUACUACAGGUCCCCGCUGGUCCAGAUCUAUGAGAUUGAAGAACAUAAGAUUGAGACCUGGAGGGAGAUCUACCUGCAAGGCUGCUUCAAGCCUCUGGUUUCCAUCUCGCCUAAUGACAGCCUGUUUGAAGCUGUCUACACCCUCAUCAAGAACCGGAUCCAUCGCCUGCCUGUUCUGGACCCGGUGUCAGGCACCGUCCUCCACAUCCUCACACACAAACGCCUGCUCAAGUUCCUGCACAUCUUUGGUACCCUGCUGCCCCGGCCCUCCUUCCUCUACCGCACUAUCCAAGAUUUGGGCAUCGGCACAUUCCGAGACUUGGCUGUGGUGCUGGAGACAGCACCCAUUCUGACUGCACUGGACAUCUUUGUGGACCGGCGUGUGUCUGCACUGCCUGUGGUCAACGAAUAUGGUCAGGUCGUGGGCCUCUAUUCCCGCUUUGAUGUGAUUCACCUGGCUGCCCAGCAAACCUACAACCAUCUGGACAUGAGUGUGGGAGAAGCCCUGAGGCAGAGGACACUAUGUCUGGAGGGAGUCCUUUCCUGCCAGCCCCACGAGAGCUUGGGGGAAGUGAUCGACAGGAUUGCUCGGGAGCAGGUACACAGGCUGGUGCUAGUGGACGAGACCCAGCAUCUCUUGGGCGUGGUCUCCCUCUCCGACAUCCUUCAGGCACUGGUGCUCAGCCCUGCGGGCAUCGAUGCCCUUGGGUCCUGAGAAGAUCAGAGUCCUCAAUCCCAAGCCACCUCCACAUCUGGAAGGCAAUGAAGGGAGCCAGGGAACUCAGCCUUCAUCUUCUCCCACCCCCAUUUGCUGGUUCAGCUGUGGUUCAGGCUUCUUCCGCCUUCCCAAAUUGCCCUUGUCCUGCCUGUGCUCCCAGAAGCCCCCAGGCAUGCCCAGUACACCAUGGGAUGAUGAAAUUAAGGAGAACAGCUGCGUCAAGCCUGGAGGUCCCUUAACCAGAAGCACUAGGAUUACCCCAGGGCCAUCUGUGCUCCAUGCCUACCUAUCCUCUUGCCCCCUAACUGGGUCGGAUGGCCCCAGUGGGUUCAGCAGGGGUUCUGGACUCCUCGGCUUCUGGGCUACCUAUGGCUCCAGCCCUCAGCCCCUGCGAGUCCCAGCUGUUGUUCUCAGCAACAUUGCCAGUGCCCUCCUACUCCGCAGACAUUGUUAUUUCAGAGCUGCUGAAAUGCUGCAUUUCAGGGGCCACUAGGGAGCAGCGGUUAUUUAUCGAACUGCCUGUUGGAGGGUGGCAGGAGUCCUCCCUCCAUUCUUGUCCAGAAAACUCCUUAGCUCUCGCAGUGAGCAGUGUUCUUAGUCUCCCGGGAUGGAUGGACUUGUAAAUGGACCCCUGAGAAUGAGCAAUUGAAAAAAAAAAAAAA